AUGCUGUUCAUUCAGCGAUAUAAUAAAGCGAUUUGUUUAAUAUAUUUCACAUUUAUUUUUCUUUCAAUAAAUUAUUUAUAUCAUUUUAAAAAUUAUUCCAUAUUACAUCCUAUUCAACAAAUUAAACCAUUGGAUCGAUCUUUAUUAUUUCGUAUAAAUGGUAGCACGAAAUCUUUAGGUAAAGCAACUUCAAUCUAUAUUAUUAAUUUACCAUCUCGUCCUGAUCGACGUACUGAAUCUAUUGCACUGAUGCAAACACUGAAUUUAGAAGCAUUUAUUGUUCCAGCUUAUUCUGUUCAAUCAGUUGAGAUCGUUAGUCAAAAUCGAUAUCGUAAUAAACUACUUCUUAAAUUAACUGAAUUAGCUUGUUGGGCAAGUCAUAUGCGUGUAUGGAUGACUAUUGCCAACAAUACGCUUUUGCAUAAUAAUACAUGGUCAUUUAUUUUCGAAGAUGAUAUAGAUCUUGAAAUUGAUACACCUCGAAUACUGAAAUCAUUUUCACAUUCAAUAUGGAAUGAAGCUGAUUUAAUUUAUCUUGGUCAUUGUGGUGAUAUACCAGGAACACUUAUAGAUCAAUCAUGGAAACAUAUUCAUCGUGUUCAUCAAGCUCUUCGACCUAGUUGUACACAUGCAUAUGCAAUUCGAUCAGAUGC